GGCUAAGGUAAGCUAGGUAAGGUAAGGAUCGAUCUACAUAUCUACUACCUACUUAAUGUAUCUAUCCAAGCCUAGCUUCAUGCAGGUAGGGACGGCAGGGGCAUUAUCACCCAGGUACAUACCUAACUAGUGUACCUAUACAUAGUCUUACCUUCCUAUCUUUUCAUCGCCGAGGUUUGCCCACUGCUACCUUUGUUUAGUACCUCUUUUAUAGGUGAUUACAUGUAAUGUUAGUAAACUUCCAGCCUAGACUCGGAUGAGGAGUUCACUACCUAUAUUAUUAAUAAUCUCUCUCCCCUUCCCGCUAUCUUGCGUAUGUACUUACAUCAUGUAGGUGCUAUGCCGUAUGGAGGUAAGCUAAACUACGCGCGCGAUUUGCGUCCCGAGUCCGUCUGUGGGUUACCUAUACAUAAGGUGAAGGAGAUACGAGGUGGGAUAGGAUAUAGGCGUAAUACAAUACACAAAAUAGAUAGUACCCUUUUCUCUUUUCUUUUUUUUUCUUUUUAUCUUGUCACCUUCGUUGCCUAUCUGUGCUCCCCGCUCCCCUCUUCUGCGCUUGCUUUCCUCUCCUCUUACCAAACUUGCCAAGUCAUAGACAAGAGAGACGAUAGAUAAGAAUACAAUGGCGAGCAACGGUAUUACAAACGGCCAGAAUGGCGUCAAGAACGGCGACAAGAACGGCGACGGCGAGAAUGGCUGGUACGAUCCGACUAAGAUCUGGACGACGCUGCUGACGAACCGCGGCUAUUUCGGUGGUUUGCUGGUGCUUCACCACUCUUUGCGCCGACAUCGCAGCAAGUACCGGCUCGUCGUUAUGGUGACCCGCGCAGUCGAAGAGGAUACUGAGUACAUGGAUGCUUUUGCUGCUGCCGGUAUUUCCACUAUCGUCGUCGACAAGAUCGAGCCGGCGCCUCGCGAUGGCAAGAUUAAUAAGGGGACGUGGGAGAAGUUGGCCCCGUGGUCGUUUACACAGUACAAGCGCGUCGUCCUCCUCGACAGCGACCAGGUCAUUCUGCAAAACAUCGACGAGAUGAUGGAGGUCGACAUCCCUGAGGGCUGGAUCGCGAGCACCCACGCCUGCACCUGCAACCCGCGGAAGCUACCGCACUACAGCAAGGAUUGGGUCCCUGCUAACUGCGCUUUCACGGCCGCGGACCAAGAGACGGGCCAGCCAGCUCUUAUCACACCCCAGAGCCCGAAUAACCACCACCUGCUGAACAGCGGCACAGUCAUCCUCCAGCCGUCCAAGGCGCAGUUUGACGCGCUGAUCGACGCUAUGAACACCCACCCCGACGUCCCCAACAUGAUCUUCUUCGAUCAGGAUCUGCUCGCCAUAGUGUACCGCGGCCGCUGGAAGCCCUUACCGUACCACUAUAACGCCCUAAAACCCAUGCGUGCUUGCCACAGCGGUCUCUGGAAGGAUGAGCAUGUUAAGAUUCUACAUUAUAUCUUAAAUAAGCCGUGGAAGAGCCGCAGCUACGAUGCUAAUGAUACUAUCGAGUCGACGCAUAAGCUGUGGUGGGACGAGUAUGCACAGGUGGAGAAGGAGUGGACGGAGAGUAAGGAUGAGAAGAAGAGGGAGCUGUGGAGGAAUGUUGUUGUGCCUGUUGUUGCGCAGGAAUGA